AUUUCCUUACCUUUCUUUUGCCUUCCCUCGAUCAUUUCUCCACUCACACACACACACACACACACUGUGCAAAAUGGCAGCCACUUCAUGUUUCCAUGCACUCUCAGCAACCCCAGCCAGAUCAUCAGCAAACUCGCCUAAACCCAUAAUCAAACCCAACCAACUCAUUGUUCGUUGCACCCAACAGAAACGUGAAGAUGUUGCGUCCACCGAUGCUUCCAUAUCCCGUAGGCUGGCUUUAACUGUUCUCAUUGGUGCUGCAGCCGUUGGUACUAAAGUUUCUCCGGCUGAUGCUGCUUAUGGUGAAGCUGCAAAUGUGUUUGGGAAGCAAAAGUCAACGGAAUUCUCGCAGUAUGAUGGUCCAGGAUUCAAGCUGUCGAUACCAGCCAAGUGGAACCCCAGCAAAGAGGUGGAGUUCCCUGGUCAGGUGCUUAGAUACGAAGACAACUUUGACACCACCAGCAACCUUUCCGUUAUGGUUACCCCUACCGAUAAGAAAUCCAUCACCGACUUUGGUGCCCCCGAGGAUUUCCUCUCCAAGGUCGAUUACUUGCUUGGGAAGCAAGCUUACUUUGGAAAGACCGCAUCAGAGGGAGGAUUUGAACAAGAUGCGGUAGCAACAGCAAACAUAUUGGAGGUUUCAACACCGGUGGUUGGUGGGAAACAAUACUACUAUGUGUCAGUGUUAACAAGGACUGCUGAUGGAGACGAAGGCGGCAAGCAUCAACUGAUCAGCGCGACCGUUUCUGAUGGAAAACUUUACAUCUGCAAGGCCCAAGCAGGCGACAAGAGAUGGUUUAAGGGAGCAAAGAAAUUUGUUGAGGGAACAACAUCUUCAUUCAGUGUAGCUUAAUCAAAUUUUAUGAGCUUUGUGUAAUUACUACUAGUACGUAUAAUUAAUCGCCACGCUCAACAUCGAGUAUGGUGUUUCCUACGUAUUCAUCAUCCAUCAGAGACGACGUUUGUGUUUUUGAUUGAUCUCAAGUGAUUGUGGAUAUAAAUUGUCUUAAGAUUGAUCAAUAUAAGGUUUCACCCCCCCUUUUGCAUAA